GAGACUCGGCUGCUUCCUAUCGUUUGCGCGUCGUUCGAUGAGAAACGUCCUUUUUAUCGUGUUUUGGAAUUUCGCACCCCUACUACGAAGCGAAGGGUGAAAAAUGAUAAUCUUUCAUUGCGACUCGUAGUGAGUGAUUUUCGGGAGUUGCAAGUGUUGGGCGUAUUUUAUGCUGUUUCUCUAUGGUUGAUUAGUGCUGGAUACGUGUUUAGAAAGCACCAAAUGCGGGAUGGAAAUAGAGUCAUUAAUUAACGUCCUGUGCCACUGACAUAGGUUUUCCUCGCCAGCCCAUUACUGGGAAUUUUUCACGGUCCAUGUGCAUCAAAGGCUAUGAGAGGAGUUGCUUUAAUUUCGGAUUGAAGUGUUAAGUUGGAAAAUAAAUCUUGAGGAUAAACAAAAUCGUCCCGAAUUUCGGAUCUAAGGGAUAUCGCCAAGUAAACAUAUAGCAUUAAGGAUAUCGUACCACGGAGUUGCGACGUGACGUGAAGAGGAAAAGUGAAUUAAUCGUUUGAAUUUGUUGAUGCAAUGAAAAAGUGAAGUUAUCGGAGGUUGUGAACGACCGUGUGAGUGGGUUUCGGAAAGGAUUCAAUAUAGAGUUCUGGUUGGUGUUUACCCCGUGGCGAUUUGAUUUUCUCAGUCAACCAUAAGCGAUAAUUGUGUUGAGUGUUUAUUAUAAUACGGUUUUAUGGUUUAUUCAAUCGUUGGGAGCACACCACCAGCCCCCGGGAACAAUAUGCUGACCACUCAUCAUCUGCACCAUCAUCAUCAUGGUAGUACGAAUGCGGAACUGGAUAAAGUAACGAAUUUAAAUACGCUUAUUGUCGAAAUCAACAGUCAAGUAGCACUUUUUCGCGACAUGCUCAUCCAUGUGGGUCAAGCACGAGACUCUCCCGAGUUACGCGAGAAAAUCCGCAAACUUCGGCGUACCUGUGUCGAGGCCUGUAAGCACACAGCCCAGCUAAUUCUGCCGCAGAUACGAAGUGCGGUGGCGGAUGGAAUACUCACAGAUAAUCCUCAUCUCGUUUUACUUUUCUACUUGGCACAAUUAUUUUUAAGGGAACUCAUUAAAAGUUAUCGCCUUAUACAAGUGGUGCCGAUGGACAUGUCCGGAUAUUAUGACAAUAGAGCGGGCCCAUCUAACCUAGGAAACGUUAUUAGUCAAAUCCUUUUAUGUAAACAAAUUACUCCUGACUUCAAUCAAGAGGAGCUGUGUAGUAUAACGAAAGAUUCACAAGAAAUUGCAAGGAUCCUGGCGGAAAUGCAGGAGUACAUGCCACAGCAUGAAACAUAUCUGGAACGAAAUGCUGCCUUAACAGAUGAUGCCAAUGGACCAUGGCCUGCCAAACGUCGACGCAAUUCCAUCUACAAAAAUAUGGGCCUUUUAUGUUGCGUAUCACGCCCGAACUAUCUUUGAAACGAAACGAGUAGUAACUAACAGCGUCUCCUGUUUCAACAUAUUUACUUAAGUAAAAUGACGCUAAGUUACUAAAAGAAAUCCAAGAAAUCCAUCAAUCAUCGACACAACCACCAAUUCCAUCAAUGGAUGUAACGCAGAAUGUUUCGAAAAGUGAUGAAUGACAAACGAUAAUAUCUACAAUACUCUGUGAAAAUACAGAGAAAGCAUAAUAAAAAGAAAACAAGCAAAAGCAAUAUUUGUAUUAACAAACAGAAAUGAAGUAAGUACUUUUAUUUUAAAGAACAAAUACUUAAGAUGAAACAUUGUGUAACUUUUAAAGUAAAAGAAAUACUAAACGGCAAUAGUGUCAAUAAAAGCCGGUCAUCUUUUUUAAAACUAAAUGCAGCAAUCAAAGUACCACUUACGUCACAAACUCUUUCCUAAAUAUCACCCACAGAUUAUGAAACUACAAACACAAAAUGGUAUUAAUAAUAAUUUAUUUGAUAUUUGUAUGCCAGCUACUGUAAUAAAGUGAAACUUGCCUAGGUUCUAGUCAAAAAUGAAACAACACAGAAACAUAUAUUCAUAUUUUUACUAAUAAACAAAUAUAAAACGUUUUCUUGCCAAAUGUCUUUUCAGAAAGACACUGUGAUAAUGUUUGUUAGUUUUUAUUAAUCCGUUGAUAUAGAUUAUAAAUAUUAAGUACAUUUGUUGCUAAGUGAAAAGAUAAAUAAUAUAUAAAACCUGCAGUUGA